GCCGCGCUCUGCGGCAGUCGGGUGCUCAUCGUCAUUCCGCUCUUGCCGCCGCCGCCACCCCCGCCCCCCGCGCACCGCCCCCGCCCGGUCCCCGUCACCACCUCCGCCGCCGCCGCCGCCGCCUGCCCAGCGGCCCGGGAGGCGGAGGCGCGGGGGAGGAGGCCCCGCUUGGCUCCGCAGCCCCGGAUGCUGCAUGACUUCAUCCUUCCGCCGGCUCCCCUGCUGAGCUAGGGCCGGUCCGGCAGCUAGCCCGCCGCCCGCGCCCCGCCGCAGUCCCGCGCCCACCCCGCGCCCGCCAUGUCCGAGAUCCUGCCCUACAGUGAGGACAAGAUGGGCCGCUUCGCCGCCGACCCCGAGGGCUCCGACCUCUCCUUCAGCUGCCGCCUGCAGGACACCAACUCCUUCUUCGCGGGCAACCAAGCCAAGCGACCCCCCAAGCUGGGCCAGAUCGGCCGAGCCAAGAGAGUGGUGAUCGAGGAUGACCGGAUAGACGACGUGCUGAAGGGGAUGGGGGAGAAGCCGCCGUCCGGAGUGUAGACCCGCCGCCGCGCUCAUGCACUUUAGAACCUCGGGCCGCAGCCCCACCCCGCACACCGGAACGGACACAGAGACCCGCGGCCCUCAGCCCCCGACCCGCCCCCUCCCGCACGGCUCCCCUGCCCCGCCCCUCUCCGGCCGGUCUGGUCCGCAGAGCCGGCUGCCGGCCGGUGUCGAACCGCGCGCGCAGCCAGGGAUGUUUGGCUGCGUAUUUGCAUGAGCUUCCCACCUACCUGAGCCCAGCCCUCCAGGCCGCUCCCUGACUCCCACCCUGUCUGGCGUUACCCCAGCCUCAGCCUCUUUCUAAGGGACUUCCUCAGCACAUUUGUAUUUUUAUAUCCGACUCUUUGUUUACUGGCUCCCCUCAUGGUUCGUGCCCCCCCCACCCCACCCCCAGUCUCGGCCACGCUCUUCUGCGCCUGGCAGAUAGGAUGGGUGUUGAGUCUGAGAUGGAACAAGCCCCCAACAUGGUAACCAACCACAUGGCCAGUCUGCUCACUCUCUGGCAGACCCCUCCUCUCAAGGUAUCACCUUCCAAGGUCCCAGGUCUGAUUUUACCUUGGACCCCUGCAUCCUGCCCCUGGGAACCAAAGUGAGGACUGCUGUGCACCUUUGGAUGACACCUGUGGCCCUGGAGAUGUUUUCAACCCAGGGGUGUCCUUUGUAAAUGUUCUCCAUCCUCACUGUACCAGGAGUGUGUGAAUAAACACAGACCUCCCUGUG